GUAGAGAGAGCGAUGAACGUCUGUCUGCUCCAGUCAAUGGUCAAUCCAACAUCGAGGCUGGAGGGAUGCAGCUGCUUUGCGCGCCACGGACUCGCACGCUGACCGGAACUCCUUUUUGAAUGAGUCUCGUCCGGUUCCAAGAGGGAUGUGAAGAUCACCGGAGAAGGACGGCAAGUUCUUUGGCUGCGCCUCGCUGACACGCAGUCCCUGGAGGUUCGUCAGAGCGUGGUCUCCCCCGUGAGGGAUGGGAACGUGCUCGUGCAAGAGAUGGACUCGUUGCAGCUUGGCUAAAGGUCACAGUCCUCUUAAGGUCAUGUCAUGGCCCGUGGCUCUCGGGCUAUUGACUCUCAUCUCCGCGAAUCAAAGGACGGCCGCCGGGCAGAUUACGAACAGCUUCCAGUCGGAGCAGAGGGACUGGCCGCUGAACCAUCUCACCGUGCACCAGUCCACUGGGGCGCUUUACGUGGGUGCCAUAAACAGGAUAUACAUGCUGUCCCCGAACCUCACACUUCUGGUAUCCCAUGACACGGGGCCCGAGUAUGACAACAGAGCGUGCUACCCUCCCCUGAUCGUGCAGCCCUGCUCGGAGCCCUUGGCCUCCACAGACAACAUAAACAAGCUGCUGCUCAUCGAGUACUCCCACAACCGCCUCCUGGCAUGUGGCAGCCUCUACCAGGGCGUCUGCAAGCUCAUGAGGCUGGACGACUUGUUCAUCCUCGGGGAGCCCACUCACAAAAAAGAACAUUACCUGUCCAGCGAUACCCUGACAGGGACAAUGUACGGGGUGGUGGUGCCCUCCCUGGGUCAAGACGCCACCCUGUACAUCGGGACUGCAGUCGGCGGCAAGCAGGACUACUUCCCAACUAUCUCCAGCCGCAAGUUGCCUCGUGACCCGGAAUCUUCUGCUAUGCUGGACUAUGAACUUCACACAGACUUUGUCUCGUCGCUCAUAAAAAUCCCAUCAGACACCCUGGCUCUUGUCCCGCACUUUGACAUCUACUACAUCUACGGCUUCGCUAGCGGCAACUUUGUCUACUUCAUGACCGUCCAGCCAGAGACACCGGAGCACGGGAUGCCGGCCGGGGGAUCCCCUGGUGAUCUCUUCUACACAUCCCGAAUCAUCCGCCUCUGCAAAGGUGACAAGAAGUUCCACUCCUACGUGUCACUUCCGGUGGGCUGCAUCCACCGAGGCGAGGAGUACCGUCUGCUGCAGGCCGCCUACCUGUCCAAGGCCGGCAGGGUUCUGGCAAAAGAGCUCAACAUCAGCGCCCAGGAUGACGUGCUUUAUGCGGUGUUCUCCAAAGGCCAGAAGCAGUAUCACGACCCUUCCGAUCACUCAGCCCUCUGUGUCUUCACCAUCCAAGACAUCAACAUGCGCAUCAAGGAGAGGCUGCAGUCCUGCUACCAAGGGGAAGGACACUUGGAGCUGCACUGGCUGCUGGGAAAGGAUGUGCAGUGCACCAAGGCGCCUGUCCCUAUUGACGAGCACUUCUGCGGCCUGGACAUCAACCAACCGCUGGGGGGUUCUCAGCUGGUGGCGGGCCGCACCAUCUACACGGAGAGCCGAGAUCGACUAACUUCGGUAAUUUCCUACAGCUACAACGGACACAGCGUGGUCUUCAUGGGCACUAAGAACGGGAGGCUGAAGAAGAUCCGAGUGGACGGCCCGCUGGAUGGGGGAGUGCUGUACGAGACGGUGACAGUGGUCAAAGAAAAAAGCCCCGUCCUCCGGGACAUGGCUUUCUCCCUGGACAAGAACUCGCUCUACGUCAUGUCCGACAAUCAGGUGGCCCAGGUCCCUGUGGAGGCCUGUGAGCAGCACGGUACAUGUGCCGAGUGUCUGAGCUUUGGGGACCCUCACUGUGGCUGGUGUGUCCUGUACAACAUGUGCUCCAGAAGGGAUUGCUGUCCGAGGGCGGAUGAAGCUUACCGUUUCGCAACUGGCAUCGACCGCUGUGUGAAGGUCAUCGCUCACCCCGAUAGCAUUGCUGUGUCAGCACACAGCGUCCCGCUUCUGCUGGAGGUGAACAACGUUCCAGAUCUUUCCGCCGGCAUCACCUGUUUGUUUGGGGACCAGGCCCAGGUGGAGGGCCACGUCAACGGGAACAGGGUCAUGUGUCUGUCUCCGGCCGGAAAGCAGGUCCCUCUAAUACCGGAAGGACAAGACUGGGCCGGCGUGGAGCUGCGACUGAACUCCGAGGAGACGGGUCGAAUGGUCGCCAGCACGGAGGUGAAGUUCUACAACUGCAGCACACAUCAAAUGUGUCUGUCCUGUGUCAACAGCACGUUCCGCUGCCACUGGUGUAAAUAUCGCAACACGUGCACCCAUGACCCGAGCAGCUGCUCCUUCCAGGAGGGCAGAGUCAAUGCCUCGGAGGACUGCCCUCAGCUACUCCACUCCGGGGAAAUUCUGGUUCCAGCGGGCGAAGUGCGCCCCAUCACCCUGAAGGCUCGAAAUCUCCCGCAGCCUCAGUCGGGCCAGCGGGGCUAUGAGUGCGUGGUGAACGUGCAGGGAGUCAUCCACCGCGUCACGGCGCUGCGCUUCAACAGCACCAGCGUGCAGUGCCAGAACAGCUCGUACACGUACGAGGGCGUGAGGAUCAGCGACCUGCCGGUGGAGCUCGCCAUCGUGUGGAACGGCAACUUUAUCAUCGACAAUCCAGAGAGGAUUCAAGUGCACCUGUACAAGUGCAGCGCCCAGCGAGACAGCUGCGGCAUGUGCCUUCGAGCGGAGAAGAGGUUCCAGUGUGGCUGGUGCAGCAGCGAGGGGCGCUGCACCAUGAAGCAGCACUGCCCCCCCAUCUCGCCGUACGCCAGUCGCUGGCUUGACCUCUCCGCCGCCAACGUCAAGUGCACCAACCCGCGCAUCACUGAGGUGAGCCCAGUUGCGGGGCCUCUGGAGGGCGGCACCCUGGUCACCAUCCAAGGCCUGAACCUGGGCCUGGCCUUCUCCGAGCUGGAGGGCAACGUGCAGGUGGCGGGAGUGCCCUGUCUUCCCCGGGAGGAGGGAUACGUCACCGCCCAACAGAUCGUCUGCGAGAUGACAGCCGGCUCUAGAGGAAGUACACCGGGCCCGGUCAAGCUUUGUGUGGGUGAAUGCAGACCAGAACUUCGCGCACAAUCCUCCCAGCUCUACUCCUUUGUGACUCCUUCCAUGCUGGCGCUAACCCCGGGCAGGGGGCCUGAGUCUGGGGGCACCAAGGUCACCAUUGUCGGGGAUAACCUGGACGCUGGUAGCUCCGUCAAUGUUUACUUUGGGAAUCAAACCUGUGAGCUGUACAGGAGGACGACUUCGGAGAUUGUUUGCUUCUCAGCUCCAUCUGUGACUGGAGCAGGACCGGUGCAAAUCAGUCUGAGGGUGGACUGGGCAAAGGUCCCCUGCAGUCUUUCCUUCGAGUACAUAGAAGACCCCACCGUCCUGCGCAUCGAGCCCCUUUGGAGCAUUACGAGCGGACACACCACGCUGACGGUGACCGGGACCAACCUGGACGUCGUUCAGGAGCCGCGAAUCCGAGUCAAAUACGGUGGCCACGAGUCUGUCAAUGUGUGCAAAGUCUUUAACACGACCACCAUUAGUUGCCUCGCCCCGUCUCUACAGACCGAGGACGACGGCGACCGGGAAAGCGUGAAGCGUGUGGACGAGUUCGGCUUCCUUUUCAACAACGUCCAAGCCCUGCUGACCUACGGCAACAGCAGCCUGGUCUACUACCCCAACCCCUACCUGGAGCCCCUCAGCCUCUCAGGCAUCCUGGAGCAGAAACCUGGCGCUCCCAUCAUCCUCAAGGGCCGUAACCUGGUACCGUCGGCGUCGGGCGGAGCCAGGCUAAACUACACGGUGCUGAUUGGCGACACGCCCUGCUUGCUCACGGUGUCCGACACACAGCUACUCUGCGAGCCGCCCAACCUCACCGGCCAGCACAAAGUCCUGGUCCAAGUGGGAGGACUGCACAUCUCUCCGGGAAACGUCCACAUCCGCUCCGACAGCCUCCUCACACUCCCGGCCAUCAUGAGCAUCACGGCCGGGGGAGGGCUGCUUCUGGUGGUGGUCGUCCUGGUCCUGCUGGCCUACCGGCGGAAGUCGCACGAGAACGACCUCACUCUGAAGCGCCUGCAGCUGCAGAUGGACAACCUGGAGUCCCGCGUGGCUUUGGAGUGCAAAGAGGCUUUUGCAGAGCUGCAGACGGAUAUCAAUGAGUUAACAAGCGACCUGGACCGCGCCGGCAUCCCCUACCUGGACUACCGCACUUACGCCAUGAGGGUUCUGUUUCCCGGUAUCGACGAUCACCCUGUGCUCAGAGAGUUGGAGGUGCCAGGUUACGGACAAGCGAGUGUGGAGAAAGCCUUGAAGCAGUUUGCACAGCUUCUGAACAACAAGGUGUUCCUGCUGACCUUCAUUCGCACGCUGGAGUCGCAGCGCUCCUUCUCCAUGCGGGACCGCGGCUACGUGGCCUCGCUCAUCAUGACGGCUCUGCAGGGGAGGCUGGAGUACGCCACGGACAUUCUCAAGCACCUGCUCUCAGACCUGAUUGAACGCAACCUGGAGAGCAAGAACCACCCCAAACUACUCCUACGAAGAACAGAGUCGGUGGCGGAGAAGAUGCUGACUAAUUGGUUUGCCUUCCUGCUCCACAAAUUUCUCAAGGAGAGCGCUGGCGAGCCCCUCUUCAUGCUGUUCUGUGCCAUCAAACAGCAAAUGGAGAAGGGACCCAUAGACGCCAUCACCGGCGAGGCGCGCUAUUCCCUCAGUGAGGACAAACUCAUCCGGCAGCAGACGGACUACAAGAUACUGACUCUGAGCUGCGUGAACCCCGACAACGAGAACAGUCCCGAGAUCACUGUCAAGGUGCUCAACUGCGACACCAUCAACCAGGUGAAGGAAAAGAUCCUGGACGCAGUCUACAAGAACAUGCCCUGCUCUCAGCGGCCCCGGGCUGCUGACAUGGACCUGGAGUGGCGGCAGGGCAGGACGGCUCGCGUGGUCCUUCAGGACGAAGACAUCACCACCAAGAUCGAGGGCGACUGGAAGAGGCUCAACACGCUGCUGCACUACCAGGUGACUGAUCGCUGUGUGGUGGCUUUGGUGCCCAAACAAAUGUCGUCCUUCAACAUUCCGUCCUCAGCCAGCUUCCCGAGAAGCAUCAGCAGAUACGGUGUGGACGUGCCCUUCCGCUCCACGCCCACCAGUCCCGACAGCCCCCACUCCCGUGUGCCCAUGCUGACCCCCGACCUGGAGAGUGGGGUAAAAGUUUGGCACUUGGUGAAAAACCACGAGCACGGCGACCAGAAGGAGGGCGAGCGAGGCAGCAAGAUGGUGUCAGAGAUUUACUUGACUCGGCUUCUGGCCACCAAGGGCACGCUGCAAAAAUUUGUGGACGACUUGUUUGAGACCCUGUUCAGCACCAUGUGCCGAGGCACCUCCCUGCCGCUAGCCAUCAAGUACAUGUUCGAUUUCCUGGACGAACAGGCCGACCGACACGACAUCCACGACACCGAUGUCCGCCAUACUUGGAAGAGCAACUGCCUUCCCCUACGCUUCUGGGUGAACGUGAUCAAGAACCCGCAGUUUGUGUUCGACAUCCACAAGAGCAGCAUCACGGACGCUUGCCUGUCCGUGGUGGCCCAGACCUUCAUGGACUCCUGCUCCACCUCAGAGCACCGCUUGGGCAAGGAUUCGCCCUCCACCAAGCUCCUCUACGCCAAGGACAUCCCGCAUUACAAAAGCUGGGUAGAAAGGUACUAUGCCGACAUCAGCCGCCUGCCCGCCAUCAGCGACCAGGACAUGAAUGCCUACCUGGCCGAGCAGGCACGCCUACACUCCAGUGAGUUCAAUGCGCUCAGCGCCCUCCACGAGAUCUACACCUACGUGGGCAAAUACAGCCAGGAGAUCACGGAGGCGCUGGAGCAGGACGAACAGGCCCAGAAGCAGAAACUGGCAUAUAAAGUGGAGCAGAUCAUCUCAGCCAUGUCUGCCGAGAGCUGAGACGCACGCGCCGACAUACAUGCACACACACACACACACACACACACACACACACACACACACACACACACACUCGCACACGCACACACAUUUUCUUGUAUUUCUGACCUUCUUGAGACCUCCGAAAAAUGCCUUCCUCUUUAGGACCACCCUUUCUAGAUAUAUUAAGAUUUGUAUUUACAACAUUAAUAAUAUAUACAUACUAUGCAAAUAUAAAAAAGCUUGUUAUGAAAAAUGAGUUGAAAUUUCAAUAAAAAAAGGUCACAAGAAAAAUGUAGAAUUUUGGUAGUAUUAUAAAAAAAAAGUCCUUUUACUCAACGCAAGUCAAAAUUUUACAAGAUAUACUACACAAACUGAACGUUUGUGCAGUAUUAUGAUAACAGUCGUAAUUUUACUUGAUAAAAGUCACAAUUUUAUAAGAAAACUUUACAACUUUUGCAAUAUUGUAAUAAUAAUCUGAAUUUCACUUUAAAAAAGUACACUAUUUUACAAGAACAACAACAAAUUGGCAAUAUUGUGAUAAAGUCAGAAUUCUAUAUGACAAAUGUCACCAUUUUGCAGUAAAAAGUAAUACUUUAACCUAAAAAAAAUGUAAUUUUACAAGAAAAUAAUGCUUUUUUACAGAAACAAAAAGAAUAUGAGAAUUUGUUCCCAGUUUUUAAGAAAAAUGUCGACCCACUAUAAAAAAAAAACAUUCUUUCUUAGUUAAUUUUUAUUUUUUGCAUUCGUUUGUUUGUAAUUGUUUUUUAAUCUUUAUUAUUUACUUCAAGUUAUUAGAGUAUGUCUUUAUAUGCAAAUUUAUUUUAUAAAUUUUGACCAAAGAGGGCGCAUUUCAAUUUCAUACACACAUUUGUUAUUAUAUAUGUUGGGCAAAGGGGGAGCACUUCAAUUUUUUACACACACUUGUUAUUUCAUAUGUUGACCAGAGGGGGACCACUUUAAAACCGACACACAGUCAAUUUGAAAAAUCACUCAUUUUGGGACCACCCUAAAUUUGAUAGAUUUCACCACCAGAGGUGCAAAUGAGAUCUCUAUUUUUUGUUUUUUUGUAAUGUGCUUAAGGCCGAUGACACGAGUCAUGGAACCCAGCUGUAGAAGCUAACUGUUAAUGGUCUUAGUACUGUUUGUCCAUCCUAUGGUCACAUAUGGGACGCGGGUUGUUUUACGUCAGCACUGGAAGUCGUAAAAUCAGCUGACGGGUUUUUUCGGGGAAUGAAUAGGGAAGUCCAUCUUUAGCUGAUGUUUUGUUUUAUCAUGUAUUGCUGUCAUUGCACCGGUCAAUGUUUACUUUUGUAUGCACAUUAAAUAAACAAAAAAAAAACCUGACUUUGGAACAAUGUUCACAGACUGUAGUAUUUUGCUCUCUAUUAGAGACAAUGGUUUUCCGUAUUGGGACCAUGAUUUCGGUCCUAACUUGUUCACCGGUCAUCAUAUGGAAGGUACGUUUCCCUGUUGAUGUCUCAAGAAGGGUAGAAAUACAAGAUCACAUGCAAACACACACACUCACACACACACACACACACACACACACACACACACACACACACACACACACUGUACACGCAGAUAGACAAUUUCAACAUAUGCCGGUGUGAGGAGGAGCAAGGGCCACAAGCACCAUGUUUAUGCCUGCACACAAACACGGAGGCUAAUGUAUGCAGAGACGCUGCACACGUGAUGGACCUAGUACAAACGACAACACCACGCACAUGAUCAUGUGCACACACAAAGACAACACGCACACAGCAGACCCACCCAAAGCAUGAUGUUUGUAUCCAAUGUCAGUGCUUGGCUACACACAACCAUCUCCUAAAAGUACACCGCCCCAGGUAGAACUAUCCAGCGAAUGUGAUCCAGGACUAAACGUGGCAACUCAACUCAAAGAAAGGUGCCGAUGUAGUGUCCGCAUAAUAAUAACAACUAUAAUAAUAAUAGCUAUUCUAUGUCUAAGACAAAGGUACUGGCUGGACAUGACGCAAACAUUUAAAGGGAAACUGCACUUUUUUUUGGAAUGUUACCUAUGUUUCACAAUUAUUAUGAGCAUGUAAAAGUCGGCUCGUUCUUGGUGGCUAGCAAUGCAGCUAAAUCACUUUAAAAAUGCAUUCAAAAGGCGUCAACAAUACCACAUUUGCCUUCUGUAACCUGUAUAAUAACCAAACUAAAGCGACAUUGUUAUUGUAAGAGUGAACACUGGGGAACUACUUUUUCUAGCAUAAUAACACAUCGACGUGCUAUAAGGUAUUAGCCGUAAAAGAUAGCUACGGCGAUAGAAAAUCUAGCGUGUGUCCUAGUAAGAAACAUGUUUUGAGUUUGUAAUGCACAACACAAUGUAAUAGGACACCAUGAGAAACAUGAACAAUCAUAUUACAGUAUCUGUAAAGUAUUAUUUCAUGUUUUGUUUGUACACAGCUAGCCAGAAAGCGUAUGUACUGUAGUUUUAAUAACACACAUGACGUGAUGUGUGUAUCAUCAUCAAUAUUAAGUGUGACUCACUUGAUGGACAGUUGUCUGUUUGGUCUGGCUGUGUCCGUUUUUCAGCUUUUACCCGUUUAUUAGGGUAAGCACUCCAUUUAUGUAGAAAUAGGAUGGCUUCAAAUUCAACCUUUUACAGCUUCGAGUCACUUUCUCCUCACUCUCUCGGCUUCCGUUCGCUCCAUCGUCUCACUCUUCCUUCGUGCUCGCUUCUAGAAGCAGUAGUUCAUCCUUUGUAUUUUCAGCUUCAAGAAGAUAAAAGUUGUGAAUCCUCAUUUGUCCGAAAAUUAUAGUUUUCCUUGUUUUUUUCCAAGUCUACCAUGAUUACAACACACACUCCCGUUUGUUUCCUUGAGUAGGAACACAUAUUUGUUGCCAGAAGUCGGAACUGCGCUGCUAUGGAAACAGAACUUACAAGGAAAUUAGUAGCGGCAAUGAUUAAAAUGACCAAAAUAGGGUAAAUAUCGAACAUAUUAGAUAUUAUUAUGAAGGUGUCUGUUCCUACAUUUUAUAUAUAUAUAUAUGUAUAUAUUUUUAUAUAUAUAUAUAUAUAUAUAUAUAUAUAUAUAUAUAUAUAUAUAUAUAUAUAUACACUUGCAGUGUAUAUUGUACAAUUGUACAUAUUACAUAUUGUUAUGAAGGUGUCUGUUACCAAAUUUUAUAUAUAUAUACGCCGUCCCUAUAUAUAUUGUACAUGUUACAUACUGUUAUGAAAGUGUCUGUUACUACGUUAUAUAUAUACUUGCAGUGGGUAUAUUGUACAUAUUACAUGUUGUUAUGAAGGUGUCUGUUACUACAUUACAAAUAUACUUGCAGUGUAUAUAUUGUACAUAUUGUUUUGAAGACAUCUGUUACUACAUUAUAUAUAUACUGUAUAUAAAAAGUUGAUGGAGGGUUUUUAAGUGGUUUUAGAGACUUUGAUGGCUACAACGAUGACUUCAUCUUUCAAGCGUUUAUCAUCUUUAAAGCCCCUACUCUUCUCUCUCAUACUGAAAUUCCCCCCCAAAAAAGUGCAGUUCCCCUUUAAGCGUUUAGCACGUAGAAAGUCCAUGCUAAACUGUUGUGUAUUUGAUCCAAUGUGCUAACUGAGGAUGCUCUCAACACGUUUCAUGUUUGCUCGGUUGUUGCCCGCCGGCCAAACAAACGGGUCCGUAAAAACCGCGGUGUGUGCAGAGAAAGAAAUGGUGCACCGUGGUACCCCAACUUAGGAGCUCUUAACUCGAAACACUUGUAUCUCAAAUAACCUGUCUCCAAGUGAAUACUUACUUUUAGACAGGAAAUAUUACAAUAAAUGUAGUACAGUACAAACUACAUAGUUUUAUGGAGUAUUGUAAUAAUAAUGUGGCAAUAAUAAUUAUGGCAAGAUGGCGGCGCCCGGACGGGCUGCGACACUGCGGUGCUCUUGCUAAAGAUGGAAACAUUUGGCGGAAAUGCCGGACAGUUCUGCAGACUUCAUGGCUGGCUCGCAUCGUGGUCACUCCGUGAUCACGUACGACCGCCAGACACUUCUGGAUAUGGACAUAUUGGGCCGUUUUGGACUGAUAGACGCGGGCGUGCUAAACAUGCUAACUAGCAUGGGGAUACGUCGGCGGCUACAUCCAGCGGCCUGUGAAGCAGGGGAGUCUAGUAGCAGCGGGGGCCGUCUACGGAGCAGACGCCAGCGGUGUGAUCGGAAACGCGGAUGUCGAGCGGGGCUAAAAACAAAGCAGAAGGCUAAUCCCCACAGAACACCACUUCCCUCCACCCUGAAGACGGAUUUAAAUAAAGGAUGCGAGACUACUGGUCUGGGUAAGGAGUCAGUUAAAUUAGAACAAGUUUUUUCUGCUUUGAGUGUUUCAGAGUUGGACAUGUGUUUUACUGAGGUGGCUAACUAUGAUGCGUGCAGUUUAUCAAAGCAACAAACAAACAAUCGGAAAAUCCCCGUUACUGAGGAGGCUAACCAUGAUGCGUGCAGUUUAUCAAAGCAACAAUCAAACAAUCGGAACAUUCCCGUCGUAUCAAUUCCUAGAUAUGGUCGUAAUUAUACUGAAUUUACUGGGCAUAAUAAACACAACAUUAUUAAUAUUGCUACUACGGAUAAUUUGAUCAAAAACUCCCUAAAACAGCCCACUACCUAUAAUAUAGGUUUUUUAAACAUAAGAUCAUUGUCUCCCAAAACGUUGUUAGUUAAUGAUAUCAUCAGAGACAACAAUCUUAACGUCAUCGGUCUCAGUGAAACCUGGCUUAAACCAAACGACUUUUUUGC